CAUCAGUUCCUGCUGAACAGCUCAGAAAUCGUGCCUGCUACAUAUCUGUGUGUAUCAUUAAAGCAUCAAAGUGAUUUAGGAGAGCAUACUUUGCUGUGCAUGAAAUAAAGAGGAAGAAAUUUCUAAAAAUAACAAAUUAAUACGGACAACAUAAUAAGUUGUUACCUGAAUGGGAAGAUACUUUCUUACUUACCAUGUCAGGGAUUGUCAUGAGUAGCCGUAGCCAAGAUGGUGGAGCAAAGGUUAUUCAUCGAAGGAGCAGUUUGGCAGCAUCUUUGCAUUCCAAUUUGCUCGGUCUCGGAUCUACCCACGAAUCAACGUCUUUUCACGUAGUUGGUUCAGCACGGCGAAGAUUCAGCAAUGUUAGUGAUGUGGUAUCUAGAAAGUUAUCGCACACCAUUGGCUGGAGAUCAGUAUCUGCAUCUGUGAAAAUUGCAGUGUCUCAGGGAACUUCCUUGUGUGGCCAAUACAUUCGCAAUAGAUUGAAGCGUUCAGGAAUCUUUCACCGAAAAUUGGGAUUAAAAAGAUUGAGAAGCGAAAUAAUACUUCCAGGUGGCACAGUAGUUGGAGAAGUUUAUCCGGAGCUCACAAGCAUUGGUGCAGAGUUAGAGAAAAUGCAUCCUCAUCUUUUCACAAAAAUCGGACGGCAAGUGGGAUGUAGUACCUUCAGUUCGGAACAAGCUGCCAGUGAUGUGUUGACUGAUGUAUCAAGGGAAAUGUUGAGAAACGGGGAAAUGACUUGGAGCAAGAUAAUUGCUUUGUAUGCAGUUGCUGGUGGAAUAGCAGUGGACUGUGUUCGCCAAGGAAGACCAGAGUAUCUCCCAGCUAUCCAACAUGGAAUGAUGGAAGUUCUCGAGGAUGAUUUGGCUGCAUGGAUUCAAGCUAACGGAGGAUGGAGUGCCCUGACAACUCGAUACAGGCCUGUGGUAAAACCGACUAUUUGGCAGGUUUACGGGCUUCCACUAUUCCUUUUAUUGACUAUCAUAUUCAUAGCUGUGAUAUUUCUAUAUUCAUAAAAACUUAUUUAGGAUAUUUUUAUACAAUUGAGGAAGGUAAGAGGUAUAUCAUCAGCGAAAUUUUUUCAUAAGAUACCUACAUUUAAUAUAUUGACAUUGUUAAUAGAUACAGUAGAAGACAAUUUUUAACACUUUGUGCAUUAAGUGUAGUAUACCAAAAUUCAACCAGAUUCAUAAUGUUCUAGUAGGUAUCAAACUUACGCCAAUUGUUGCCAAUAAUAUACAGUGACAUAUAACAUGGCUCGGUCUCAGUUAGUAUUAUAAGAAUACUUUAUUCGUGACAACUGGCCUACAUUGAACGACAGAUAUAUAAUAUUAUAAUUAUUGCAAAAUAAGUCCAUAAUUAUAAUUUAAUUUGGUUGGUUUUACUCUUUUCUUUCACUGAUAAAAUCGUUUUCGGAAUGUCACUGAAAUAUGUGAAAAAGUUUGGUAUAUCAGAAAUACUAAAAGUUAUUCAGAAAGAAUUAGAGAACUGUAAUAUGCUCAUAUACACAUUUAUCAGCCAUAAGGGGUUUUCAAAAAAAUUAAAUACUUUUCGAGCAACUCAGAAAUGAUGAGAUAAUCAACCAGAGGUCACAUUAAUCUUUCACAGUCGAAAUUUUUUUUCCUUCCAUAAGAAAUGCAUAGCUUCUGGGGAUGAAAUCAUGCCUAUUGUGCCUAUGUCACGACACUGAGUUAAGUAUUACAUUUCUCCUGUAAUCUGGUAGCAAAUUUUUCUCUGAAGAUUACAUUACAUCAAACAGCAUGUCCUGGAAAAUUCUUAUAAAGUCUCUCAAUCUGCGAAAAAAUUUUCUGAAAUACCUACAUAUUUUUAGUGCUUUAGCAGUGCUUUCAAAGAGACACUUUCACGUCACUUCUAUUGCUACUUUAUUACAAUGCUCUGAUAAUUCGUGAUACGUAGUACACUGACCUGAAAUCGUGAAUUACAAUUCCAAGAAGUUCAACUUCUCAGAUUCGUUGUCAAGCUUUUCCGGCUCUUCAGUUGGUUCGGACAUUAAGUGAACUUUCUAGCCACCCAUUAAAAAAAAUUUCGUUAUUGACACAUGAGCUGGUUAAGAAUGAGAAAAAUAGUGCAUGAUAAAUGAAUAUCACGAGUAUUUUCAAUGUUGAAUGGACGGACUAAUAUAGAACAAAUAAUCCUCACCUGCUCAUUGAAUGUAUUCACCGUCAGACUUAAAUACAAUUGAUUGGUUUCUUGUUUAUUUAGAAUACGAAGAUACUUUUUGCGAGCCUGUAGUACCGUAUCCAACUCUUUCUUAUGCCUGGUUGCGAGCUCCAAUGCCCUAUCAUGAAAGCGUAAAUCAGCUGUAUUUAUUGAUCAGAUAUUUAGUAUUAAAAUUCACAGAACAAUAACCUAUCAUGAAUAUACCUGUUCCAGUUAUAUAUUUUGAUAUUGGCAUGAAUCGCUUCAACAACUAAGCCAUUUUGCAGGAGGAUUCCUUCUGCAGCCAACAAAUCACCUGCCAAUAAAGUCAUUCCAGCCAGUUUUUCGAUUUUAUUUGGCAAGAGCUGUCAAAAAUUUAAUUGUUACCGACAGUGUGGUUGGAUCCUCUUUUAAUAAGCAUGAUGUGAAAUGUUAUUUUUCAACUACCAUGUAUACGUCUUAGGUAUAUUAUUUGAAAGAGUAUAAUCGCAAUAUCUGAUUGCUCAUAAGUUACAGUUGUGGUUUUCUCACCUUAAUGUACUGAAUGUAAUCAACCUUAUCAAAUCUGCCUAUAGCAGCAUAUGCCUCUUCUGCAGCACUCAACUCUUUGGCAUCUGUUGCCAUAACUGCCAUAGAAGUCCACAGUAUUUCAUUCUAAGUAAAAAUAAAUAUCUUGUAAGCUGUGUUGCAUAUAAACAUAAAUAGUCAUAUACUUUUAGUAUGUAAAAUUUUGUCAUACAACAUAUACUAUAAAAAUCAAGGUUUCUGUAAUGAUUAAUGCGAUUGUCUGUAAAAAUGUUCUAGAUCAAACUGCUAAAGACUGAAUGAAACCAUUA